UCAUUCGGGGGCAAACAAAAAAAGACGCGUUAUUCCAGCCUGGCAGCAUCACGGAAUUUUUAAUGUCUGUCCCUUUUAACUCUACCACAGGUCCCACUACAAACAUAGACAAAAUACCAAAAGUAUCCCCGUCCUGUCCAGCUGGCCCCGCACCGCGCUCCUUCUCUUACUCCUCUCUCGUUCCUUCACAAUCGCUUCACCCGCCAAACCAUGCCAACGAAGUGCCACUUGGUCCUCCUCCUCCUCCUCCUUCUUCUCGUCGCCGUAAGCUUACCGGAGAGAGGUGUAGCCGGAGAGCUCCCGGCUUUCAGAGAAGCAGCGGCAUUUCGGAAUGGACUGGGAUGCCCCCGAGUGGCGAGGCCUUCCUCGCUGGACGACCGGUGGCUCAUCCACAUCGCGAUGACGCUGGACGCUACCUACCUAAGGGGCUCGGUGGCGGGAGUGUUCUCGGUGCUCCAGCACGCGUCGUGCCCGGAGAAUAUCGUGUUCCAUUUCAUCGUCGCCAAGCGCGGCCACGAAGAGCUCCGCCGCGUCGUCACCACGACCUUCCCGUACCUGAGCUUCCGCCUCUACCACUUCGACUCCAACCUCGUGAAGGGCAUGAUCUCAUACUCUAUCCGGCGAGCACUCGACCAGCCUCUCAAUUACGCGCGCAUCUACCUCGCCGACCUCCUUCCUUCCGCUGUCGGUCGCAUCAUCUACUUCGACUCCGACUUGAUCGUGGUGGACGACGUGGAGAAGCUGUGGAGCAUCGAUCUCGGCAAUCAUGUGCUGGGCGCGCCCGAAUACUGCCACGCGAAUUUCACGAGCUACUUCACGGCCAGGUUCUGGGCGAACCGGGCGUUUGCGGCGUCGUUGAAGGGGAAGAGGGCUUGCUAUUUCAACACGGGGGUGAUGGUGAUCGAUCUGAGGAAGUGGAGGGAAGGGAGGUACACGGAGAGGCUGGAGAGCUGGAUGAGGGUGCAGAAGCGGUUCAGAAUAUACGAGCUGGGGUCGCUGCCUCCGUUCCUGUUGGUUUUCGCAGGUGACGUGGAGGGGGUGGAGCACAGGUGGAACCAGCACGGGCUCGGAGGCGACAAUCUGGAGGGUCUGUGUAGGGAUCUCCACUCUGGGCCGGUGAGCCUCCUGCAUUGGAGUGGGAAGGGCAAGCCUUGGCUCCGGCUCGACUCUAAGCGCCCGUGUCCCUUGGACAGCCUCUGGGCCCCCUACGACCUCUUUCGUCACUCCUCGUUGCUCUCCGACAGCUAGCUACCAACUUCUCUUGCUGAUUAUCGUGUGUCAUGGCGAUGAGUGAGGGCAAAAUGGUCUGGGCGUUCAAGGUGGAGGGAUUGACGACUGUGAUUCGUAUUGUAAUCACAGUCGUUGAUGGUGGAAAAAAGGGAUUUUUGAUAUUGAUGAUGAUGAUGAGUGCAUGGUAAAAAUAUUCUUUCUUCUUCUUCUUCCUCUGAUUCUUCUUCUGUGGCUGUGUAGAAUUCUCUUGUCUACACGAGGUGGGAGAUCAUUGGUCGCCGUCGAGGUGCAUCUUUUAUUUAUUUUUUGCUUCAAAUAUGUAAAUAUAGUGGAAGGUAUUUUCCACUUUCAAGUAAUUGGAUUACAGUUUCGUAGAUUA